AUGCUCAUUGAAGAAGUCAUCAUUGAUGGCUUCAAAAGCUAUGCCUCUCGAACUGUGAUUGGCGGGGGGGAUCCAAAACUCAAUGCCAUCACCGGCCUCAAUGGGUCUGGAAAGUCCAAUAUUCUGGACGCUUUGUGCUUUGUGAUGGGAAUCGAAAAUAUAAAACAAAUUCGCGCAAAUACGCUCCAGGACCUGAUUUACAAGAGAGGGGCUACUGGAAUUAAUUUUGCCAGCGUAACUGUGAUAUUUAACAACGAAGACGCUCAACAUUCUCCCGUUGGAUUUUCCUCUUGCCCCAAAAUAGCCGUGACGCGUCAGAUCGUGCUUGGAGGAAAAAACAAGUUUCUCAUCAACGGGACCAGCGUUACGCAGGACCGGGUGGACUCUUUGUUUAGGAAUGCCAAUCUUAACGUCAACAAUCCACGAUUCUUGAUUAUGCAAGGACAAAUAACCAAAAUUUUGAACAUGAAGCCGCAGGAUUUAUCAAAUAUGCUGGAAGACACCGCGGGAACUCGAGUGUAUCAAGACCACAAGGAAAAGGCCAUCUGUACGCUGCUGAAAAAGGAUGCCAAGGUCGGCGAGAUCUCUGAACUGUUGUCGCAAUCAAUCCUGCCCAAAUUAAACUCUUUAAGGCUCGAAAGGUCGCUAUCCCUUGAGCAGCAAUCUUUAAUGAACGAACUGGAAAAGCAAGAGGGAGAUUUGGCGAUAUUUACGUACCAAAAGCUGCUUGUGGAGAGGAAAAGUAUUGAAGAAAAAGUGUCCCAUUUAAAAGCCGUUCUUUUGGAUAUCGAAAACAGCCAGUCUUCUCUGAAUACCCAACACAAUACGUUAUCGGCCAACAUUGAGGCCUGCUCGCCCAAAAUCGUAGCCAUACAAGCGAAAAUUGAUGGCCACUCUAAAGAGCUUUCUUUGGUUUCGUCAAAAUUAUCUGCCUAUAUCGCCAAAAAAGAAGCCCUUGAGGAGUCAAUAUCGACAACGGAAGCAUCCAUAAAGAGGCUUGUCUCUUCUUGCACGUCGCCUAUCGCCGAUCAAGCUCAUGACAGCAGGGCAGAUCGUGGCCAUUUGGAAAAAAUCUCGACCAUUCUUUCCGAAAUCAACGAAGAUUUAUUGAGGAAAGAAAAGCAGUCCGCCUUGAUACGCUCUUCCAGCUCGCUGUCGAGCGCCUCACUAGAUGAGCUGGACGCAAAAAUCGAUGGAUUGAACCGCUCCAUUUCAGAGAAAAUCCCCGAAUUGUCGCACCAGGAAGAGAAAAUUAAAACCCUAGAUGCCAGUAUCAAACAACGAAAUGAAAAGAAAAAACCGGUUUGGGAACACACCAUAUCAAGUUUGGAGCAUCAAAUUUCGGAAAAGAAGGCUCUAAUUGAUCACUUGAAUGCCUCUGUCUCACUAUCGCACCUUCCCAGCUCCAUGGAGCUGCUAAAGAUCAAAUCGGAAAGAGAAUACGAAAUCAGCGGUGUCAAAAGCUCAUGUUCUCGCUUGAAAGAAAAAAUCGCCUCUUUUAUGCGAUUCCCGGAUUUAAGAAACGUCGCUCAAAAUCGAUUUCAUGGCUCGGUAGCAUCUGUUUUGUACUUGCCCCCAGAAAACCGUUGCUGGGCAUAUGCUUUGGAACUGUGCAUCGGAGGACGGAUGCACAAUUGGGUGGUGGACUCGGAAACCGAUGCAUCUCAAUUGAUGCAAACGGCUUCAAACAAGGCGCAUAGGAUGACCGUGCUACCGCUCGCAAAAAUCCAGGGCCGUUCGAUUGCACGCCAUAUUUUAGACAAGAUUUCGCAAAAGGCCUCUCAAUUCCCCAAUUCUUGUGCGCUGCCUGCAUCCUCCGUUAUCGCGCCGCGGGAUCCCAAGUUUUCGCCAAUUAUCGACUUUAUCUUUGGAAAUAUCAUUUUAACAGACAACAAAGAGCUUGCCCGUGCUAUCGCUUUUGAUAAGAAUAUCAAGAUAAAGUGUGUUACCAAAGAGGGUGAUAUUUACGAUCCCUCUGGCACGAUGACUGGAGGUGCAAAAUGCCACAAUCCCUCAAACUCGCCGUCGUAUACGACAAUUGCAUGUUUUUCUGAAUAUCAUGACGUCAACGCAAAAAUUGACGACAUGAAGAGCUUUCUUGAGGAUAAGGUAAACACUCCUCUCCAAGCCCAUGCAUCCGUUUCCUCUUUGCUGGCAAAUCUUAACAGCCAAUUGUCGUUGGAAAAUGAUGCACUGAUGCUGCUUUCAAAAAAACUUUCAAAAAACGAUCACUUUCUUGAGCUAAGGGCUCUUGAAAAAGAUUCUGCCGAACUUGACGCUUGCUUGAAGCAAAAGACAUUGCUUGCUGAUUCAAUCAGCCAUUUAAGUGAGAGAGUUUCUAGCCUUUCUGAAGAGCGCAUCUCACUUUGCGCUGAUCUUUCCCGCGAAUCAAAACUGGCAAAUAUAACAUCAGAAAUUGAGGCUCUCGUGGUUCGAAAGGCUUCUCUGGAUAAAGAAAAGGCUCAAUUGCUGGAAUCAAUUGCCCAGCAAGAUUUACAGGCAAAAAUAUUGGCCGAAAAAAAACUUUUACACGAAAGGUCAAAGGCAGAUCUGCAGAUGCAAUUGAAACAAUCCAAGCUGCAAUUGGAAGCUCUCAGUGAAACUGGAAAGACCAUUCAGGGAUCCUUUUCUCGUGCUCAGGAAAUCGAUCACAAGCUUAAAAGCGAAUUGCUGUUUGAAAAGAACGAGGAGCAGUGUCUAAAGGAGGAACUUGCAAAGGUUUCUUCAAGAAUAUCGCAAAAUCACUCGUCCAUUAAAAAAACUCGGGCCGAACUCAACUCUUCAAAGGAAAGCAUCGAUUCGUGCAUUCUGGCCAUCAACAGACUGUUGAAAGAAGCCCCGCAACUGGCAUCAGCUUCUUUUGCCUCGGUAGGCAGUACAUCUCACAUCGAACUGGACUCCAAAGUUCAAGCACUGCGCAUUAAAAUCUCGGAGAUAAGGGAAAAGAUCGCCAAGAAAUCCGCUGAAAUUUCCUUCAAUUCGUCAAAAUCAAAGGAUUCCUCGCUGAUCCAAAUGAUCGAUUCGCUUGAGCGCCAAGAGUCGCAUCUUCAAAAGAAUUUGUCAAGAGUCAAGCUUGACAAGCAAAAAAUCGAAGAGGCCAUCGGGAAGCUUAAUGAUUUCAGAGAAUCGGCUCUCAAAGACACGUUCUCUCGCGUAAACAAGGAUUUUGGAGAAAUCAUCGGGGUGCUGUUGCCGCAAUCUUUUGCCGAGCUCAAUUUUGAAGGCAAAAGCAUUGCCGAUGGCGUUAAUAUAAGGAUCCGCCUUGGUUCUGUGUGGAAAAACUCUCUGAAUGAGCUCUCUGGUGGUCAAAAAUCUCUUGUUGCCCUUGCCCUGAUUCUUGCAAUGCUGCAGUUUUCCCCGGCCCCAAUCUACAUACUUGAUGAGAUCGAUGCGGCGUUGGAUCUUUCCCACACGCAACAUAUUGGCUCUCUGCUGAAGUCCAAAUUUUCGGGCGCUCAAUUUAUCAUUGUAAGCUUAAAAGAGGGGCUGUUUAAUCACGCCGACGUUUUGUUUCGAACAAAAUUUGUAGAUGGCGUCUCAAUUGUCGAGCGCCACCAAAAUCCCAACAAAGGCAAGCCCAAAAAUAAAAUGUCUUAA